CCACGUGAGCGAAGAGGGCGAGACCAGGCGAGCGAGAAGUCGGUUAAAAAACUAGUGGGAGUGGUGGAAGCAAAGCUGCGAAGGCCGCCGCGUCGCUGCGCACUCUCUCGUUUCGCUCCGCUCCGCUCCGCUCCAGCUCUCUUUCUCCGUCUCGGAUCGAAGACGAUCAGGAACCCUAACCUCGCCUUCCGUCUCCCUUCACCUUCUCUUCCCACCGCUUUCCCGCUUGCGUGCGGUUCAUGCUAAAUAUCUUUGCCCGUAGCAUCUUUGCUUCGGAAGCGAAAAAAAGAAGCUUGCUUUCCGUCUCGGACGACCUCAUUGGUCCCGUUUUCGAGCCAAAUAUUGUAGCUUUGUGUGCGAGGUUUCCUAAAUCGUUAAGAUUUUGUCUUCUUUUCCUCUUUGUGAGGUUCGGUUGGUUAGAUUUGUGGAGAAAUGCUGUGGUUUCGGGUGUGGGUUUUGCUUAUUCUCUGGGGGUCGUGUCGGGGGAGGUUCGUGGUGGAGAAGAAUAGCCUGAGAGUGACUUCGCCGGAUUCGUUGAAGGGAAUCUACGAGUGUGCUAUCGGUAAUUUUGGCGUUCCUCAGUAUGGCGGGACGAUGGUGGGGAUCGUAGCGUAUCCGAAAGCCAACCGGAAGGGUUGCCAGAGCUUUGAAAAUUUCGACAUCUCGUAUAAAUCGAAACCGGGAGGGUUCCCCACCUUUCUUCUCGUUGACAGAGGAGAUUGUUACUUCACUGCAAAAGCUUGGCAUGCACAAAAUGCUGGAGCUGGGGCUGUUCUUGUUGCUGAUAACAAAUUAGAACCUCUGAUAACAAUGGACACACCAGAGGAGGAGGAUAGCAGGGCAGACUACCUACAAAACAUCACAAUUCCUUCAGCACUCAUCCCUAAAAGCCUUGGUGAUAGCUUAAAGAAGGCAAUUCAAAACGCUGACAUGGUCAACGUCAAUUUAGAUUGGAGGGAGUCUUUACCCCAUCCUGAUGAUCGUGUGGAAUAUGAAUUCUGGACAAAUAGCAACGAUGAGUGUGGUGCUAAAUGUGACAGUCAAAUACAAUUUGUUAAGAAUUUCAAAGGAGCAGCACAGAUUCUAGAGAAAAAGGGUUAUACACAGUUCACUCCCCACUACAUUACAUGGUACUGUCCUGAAGCUUUUCUUUUGAGCAAGCAGUGCAAGUCUCAGUGCAUCAACCAUGGGAGAUAUUGUGCACCUGAUCCUGAACAGGACUUCAGCAAAGGGUAUGAUGGGAAAGAUGUUGUAAUCCAAAACUUGCGUCAAGUGUGCUUGCAUAAGGUUGCUAAUGAAAGCGGGAAACCUUGGCUGUGGUGGGAUUAUGUGACUGACUUCGCAAUACGUUGUCCCAUGAAGGAAAAGAAGUAUACCAAUGAUUGUGCUGAAUCAGUAAUUAAAUCACUUGGCAUUAAUCUGAAGAAGAUAAAUCAAUGUAUGGGUGAUCCUGAUGCAGAUGAAAAUAAUCCAGUGCUUAAAGCCGAACAAGAUGCACAGAUUGGAAAGGACUCCCGUGGGGAUGUUACUAUUUUGCCAACUCUUGUUAUCAACAAUAGGCAAUACAGGGGCAAGCUAGACAAGGCCGCAGUGCUCAAAGCAAUCUGUGCUGGCUUUGAAGAGACAACCGAGCCAACUGUUUGUUUGAGUGAAGACAUAGAAACAAAUGAAUGUCUGGACAAUAAUGGUGGCUGUUGGCAGGAUAAGGCUUCUAAUAUCACUGCAUGCAAGGAUACUUUUCGUGGUAGAAUUUGUGAAUGCCCUGUUGUGGAAGGUGUGAAGUUUGUGGGUGAUGGAUACACCCAUUGUGAAGCUUCUGGGGCAGGAAGGUGUGAGAUCAACAAUGGACGAUGCUGGAAGAAAACUCAGGAUAGAAAGACAUAUUCUGCUUGUGUGGAUGAGGGAUGCAAAUGCCCAUCAGGCUUUAAGGGCGAUGGAAUCAAUUGUGAAGAUGUUGACGAAUGCAAGGAAAGGUUAGCCUGUCAAUGCUCUGCCUGCAAGUGCAAGAACACCUGGGGAAACUACGAGUGCAGCUGCGGUGAUGAUUUGCUAUACAUAAAGGACCAUGACACGUGCAUAAGCAAAAGACCUUCUACAGAGGUUGGUUGGAGCUUUUUGUGGGUUAUCUUCUUUGGCCUAGUUAUAGCUGGAGUUGUUGCCUAUGCAGUAUACAAGUACAGAAUCAGGAGCUACAUGGACUCGGAGAUUCGGGCUAUCAUGGCGCAGUACAUGCCGCUUGACAAUCAAGAAACACAAAAUCACAUCCAACAUGCUGAAAUCUGAGCUAUACCUUGGCGCAUUUGGCAAUAUGCAUCUUGAAGGCUGUAAUGGUGAUCCUUCUAACAGGGACGUGCUAAACCAUUUUGUUUGUAGAUCUGAAGCUUGAUAGUACCAAAAUUUGAGUUUUAGUUAACAAUCUAAACCUAGUAAAUUCCUGUGUAGUAAAAUUUUCAGGUAUCAACAAAAGAAGAAUAGAAGUUGAGGGGGGCUAGGCAAUGCUCUUGUCUUCUUUUUAGAAAUAGUUAAUCUAUUCUAUAUGAAUUUCUUUAGAAAUAGUUAAUCUAUUCUGCAUGAAUUUCUUUAGAGUUAAAA